ACAAGGACUCUUCUGUCGCCUCGAGCCGGUCGCCAGUCUCCGAGGAGAAGGAAGCCUGAUACUUGCUGAGGAGCCCUGUGUACUGUGAUAUCACUUUCAUUUGGUAGAUCUUUGUGACUUUUCCUGAUGAAUGGGGAAGGGAUUCUUUCCUACCUGGGGGAAGGAGGGGAUCUCAGCCCCCAACAGUGAGAAUCCUGACCAUGAAUGACUGGAUGCCCAUCGCCAAGGAGUAUGACCCGCUCAAGGCCGGCAGCAUCGAUGGCACCGAUGAAGACCCGCACGACCGCGCCAUCUGGAGGGCAAUGUUGGCACGAUACGUCCCCAACAAAGGUGUCACGGGAGAUCCCCUCCUCACCCUGUUUGUGGCAAGGCUAAACCUGCAGACCAAAGAGGAGAAGCUCAAGGAAGUAUUUUCCCGAUAUGGUGACAUCCGGCGGCUUCGGCUGGUGAGGGACUUGGUCACUGGCUUCUCAAAGGGCUAUGCCUUCAUAGAAUACAAGGAGGAACGUUCUCUUUUAAAAGCCUACAGAGAUGCCGAUGGCCUAGUGAUUGAUCAGCACGAGAUAUUUGUGGACUAUGAGUUGGAAAGGACCCUCAAAGGGUGGAUUCCCCGGAGACUUGGAGGAGGUCUCGGGGGGAAAAAGGAAUCUGGGCAAUUGAGAUUCGGGGGCCGGGAUCGGCCUUUUCGGAAACCUAUCAAUUUGCCAGCUGUUAAAAACGACCUUUACAGGGAGGGGAAAAGGGAAAGGAAGGAGCGAUCGCGGUCCCGAGAAAGACACUGGGACUCGAGGGCCAGGGACCGAGACCAUGACAGGGGCCGGGAAAAGAGAUGGCAGGAAAGACAGCCAGCCAGGGUCUGGCCUGAGAAUGACUGGGAAAGAGAGAGGGACUUCAGAGAGGACAGGAUCAAGGGGCGGGAGAAGAGGGACAGAAGUAAAUAGAGGCCCAACAACAAAACCAGAGACGAAGGUCGGGCACAAGCAGAAGAGUGAGGGUGUCUGCAUGGCCUUUAUACAGGGCGUGGUUUAAUGGUUGAGUAAAACCCACUGAUGAUAACGGGGCUUGGAGUAUGUUUUCUUUCCCAUCUGGAACCCUGGUUUAAUCUGAACACGCUGAUAUUAUGAAUUUACCUUCCUUUUCUCAUGGUUCUGAGGACCUUUUAUUUAAUAGGAUUGAGAAACAAUUUUCAGUUCCUGGCAUCUGUAUGGAAGCAAAUGUGUAAAGAGGCACCAUUCUCAUUUAAUUUGGCAGCAGAGACUUUGUUUUGAUUUUCUCCUGUUGGAAAUGAUCAUUUUGAGUGCUUGGCAACAAGAGGUGAUGACUUAAAAUCAUUUGCAUUCAUCUGACUCCUGGGAUCCCUAAUCUGGCUAGGAUUAGGAAUCACGCUGUAUAUCUUUUCCAUCUUUUAUAUCCUUAAUAUAAGGGUUUGCUGAAUUGAAAUAAACAUGGGAUGGAAAAGUGGAUCCAAGGAGAAUGUCCAGGGAGUUCACGCCAGAAGCCAGUCUGCGCAGUGCUCUGGUCAGCAGCCAGCCAUUCUUGAACAAAUGUGACUUCACUCUCAGAGCCAAAUGCUGACUGCCUGUUUUUUGGUCAGCAUUUAAAAUUAAAAACCAAAGUUGCAGGGCUGUGGUCUAUGGCUGUCUUCCAGCCCUUUGAAAAGAUAAAGCGCAACAGAAGUGGGAGUGAUAUGAAAAUGAUGACCAAGGAGUGGUGGAUUCAAUGAAAGUAAAGGUAGUUUUGAUGGAUUCACUUUUCUUUUCCCUCUUGAUCCCCUGGCCUCUGUUUCACUUGAGAGCUGGAUCUAUUGGCCUUAAUUUCUGAAGGCUUUUUUUUUUUUUUUAAUAUAAGCUUUAUUACUAAUGAAGGUAUACAGCCACAAGUUUUGCCUUGGGUCAUUAUGAUUAGAUUCAGUGUGAGUGCUAGAAAACUCAAAAUAACAGUGGUAUAAACAAGGGAGAGAUUAUUUCAGACCUCAAAGCCCAGAGGUGACAGUGCAUGACUGGUAAGAGUAUUCCACAGUACUGGGCACCUUUCUAUUGUGACUUGCUAUGCAUGGCUUCUUUUCCCAGGAUCUUCGUGGGGUCUAGGAUGGCUGCUCCAGCUCCAGCCAUCUUGUAUACAUUCCAUUUGAAAGAAAGAGGGGGACAAGGGCAGAAUGUCUCCAUUAAAAGACACACCGGUUUUGCUUGAUCCCAUUAGCAAGAACGUAGUCAGCCACAUGUAAGUAGGAAAGUGAGUAUUCUGGGAGUUAUUUAAGAAUUUAAGAAUUCUGUUAUAAAAGGAAAGAAAGGAUACUGACAGACAACUUGUAGCAUCUGCCAUAUUCGUGAGUUAAGCUUAUGCUGCAGUUGGCAGAGGCAGAGCUAGACAACCACCGGCCUCCCCUAUAUGGAGGGGCAAGCUGUUCACACAGAGAAGAGACUUACCUACAGAUAGGUUACUUGCAAAAAGGGGAACCCAGAAGGGGCUGAGCCACACACACUUGGUUCUUUCUCAUUCUUACCUACUGAGAGGGGCCAGACAUGUUUCUCCUAACUGAUGUUUGGCUUUUCUAAGGGACAGUACAGUGAACUGUCAUAAGGUAGAAAAGCAGUACCUGAUUACGGCAAUGCGUUAAUAAGGUUUUCUUAGUCUCUCUUUAUCUAGUCUUUCUCAGUCUUCACUGUCCAUUAGAUUAAGAAAUCUUUCUGAAUAGUCGUAAGAGAGUUCUUCUCCUAGAAAAAUGUCUCUGGCUGCAAAAAGUGCUAACCUAAGUGCCAUGGAGUCAAUUUGGACAGGAAUCAUCAGGUUUAGUUCACAAGAAUGUUAUGGAAUCUUCCAGUUUUUCCUCUAUAAGCAGGAACAAGAAAUGUUUCCAUUAUCUGUCCAUUAUACAUGUACCCUUAUGGCUAUAAUUUAAAUCAUGAAUUGUUUGUAAUUGAAUUGUUCUCUGCACUUCAGAGAAUCCUAAAACCUCACCGCCAUAUUCACAGACAAACCGUCCUCUUCAUAUAAAUUCCAAGGUACAAAGUGCCCAGCCUUUUUCAUCCAUUUUGAACAUCUGGAGGUAGAACUGCAGACCUCUCUCAACCACUCUCUUUUUGCACUGGUCACUGCACUGGCACAUGAUGUUACUUUCAAAAACUGGCUGGGUAUAUUUGACUUUCAAUCCUGUAUCUCCAAGACAUGAAUUAUCAUGAUAGUUCUCUUCAUGACAGAGACAGGUGCAAAGACCAGGCAUGCAGGGAGUUUUGAGACAAAUGCAUCCGUGAAAGGUUAUUUGAGUGGAUCCAUGUCUGCUCCAGGUCCUAUGACAUGAUCAAGCUUACAUUGAAAAAGCACCGGCCCCUGUUUUGGGGGCCACAUGCUCACAGCAAGUUUUCCAGGCUGCAUGCGACAGCUGUGGUCUCAGUCGGCUCCUCAGCCUUCUCAGUCAUUUCCAUUCUCAAAAGCUGGUUCUACUCCACAGCUUCUUCUAACAUUUAGCCUUCCUCUGGCUGUGCCUACCCUGCCCACAAUCUCGGGCUUUCCAGAAGGUGCUGAGAGAUGGUGGUCCUGCAUGUGUCCCCAUAGCCUCAUGGGAGCUGUAGUUUUUUUCCUCCUGCACACAAGUGGCUGGUGAGUUUUUGAUCUGGCUUCCCAGUUUGUUUGGGACCAGGUCUUCUAAAGGCUUUGAACAACUACCACACUGUUCACAUGUUUUUCAAAAGCAUUUUUGUUUUAUCAAUAGCCGUAUCUUUGAAAGUUCAGGUUUUUAAAAUUCAAGACGUUUCAUGCGAAAUAAACAUCUGAUUCAGUACCAAGACUCACCAUGACUAGGUUUUCGCACAGAAGUAUGAAUGGCACAUUGUUUUGAAAGGAGCGGCACCAGCCUGCUAUAUCUUAAAAUUGCUGUCAGCUGUUAGAACAGUUUUAGAAAAUGAAUAUGUGCUUUCCUUUGUAAAUUUCCAGUGCAGAAUUUUACUAUUUCCCAAGCCUCAGAAAACAGUCUUGUGGGACCAUCUCUCUGAUUCCACCCACAUUUCAUUUAUAAAGUGUAUUUUGUUUUUGUUUGUUUGUUUUUUCAAUAUUGGGCUGGGGGCCCAAAUGUAGGGGCUGUCCUGUAGGAUGUAGAGCAGCAUCCCUGGCCUCUGCUCACUGGAUGCCACAACACUGCUCCAAUGUGACAUCCAAAAAUGUCUCCAGACAUUGCCAGAUGUACCCUGGGGCACCAGAUAACCACUGGCUGAGAACCACGGUCUAUGUAUUGAUGUAAAGUGAUCUCUAGGAUUUUUUUUUUUUCAUUGUUUCUUUUCUAGGAUAUUUUAAGUGAAAAAAAGGAGAAGUACAGAACAGCAUGUAUAGUAUGCCACCAUUUAUGUAAAAAACAAAGGGGAUGUUUAAAAAAAGUAUAUAUUUACAUAAUUGCAUGUGUACUUGCAAGCUAUUUCAGGAAAGAUACCCAAGAAACUGAUAACACUGGUUUCCUGUGGGAAGGGCAACCAAGCAUGGCCAGGGGCAGCAGGGGGCUUCCUCAGUCUACAUGGCUUUUAUAUGCUCUGAGAAUAAAUUCCAAUAAUUCUAAUGGGCAGCCAGAUUGGAGAACCAGUGCCCUAAAGCAGCACCAUUGUCCCAUCUGAUCAUUGUUUCAGUACCAUGGGAAUGGAGUUGGUUGUAGAUUCUGCAUAUUGACCUGAGGUUUCUUAGAUAAAAUGUGUACAAGCUGCCCCUGUCAGAUGCCCUUGAGUGCUUUGUGUUAGGACAUGCUGCCUCAAUCUGUGAGCACCUGGCUCUGUGCCCUGGAAGAUCUGUGGGUGGAGAGAAAGACAGUGUUAUUUGGGCAGCACCCCAAAUCACCAGUUGCAGACAGGGCAUCUGGCUCUCCAUCUGCCACAGCAGCGCCGAGGCAGCCAGCCCCAUGGCCCUCAAGCCAUCUUUUCAUCCACCACCUCGGCUCUGUCAAGUCUCCCCCUGCCCCACCAGCCCGCAUCUCCUAGGCUCUCCCCACUCUCCCCACCCCCGUCCCCAAUCUGCUUGGGACAUUUGUCUUCUUAGCAGGGGACUAAGUAUUUGACAUAGUGAAUACUAAAAGGAAAAAAAAGAUGCCAAGAACAAAAACCCACACAAAAAUUGUUGCAAUGUUUCAUCCUUAGCAACUUUGUUUGGUUAGUACUGCAUAACUCACAGCAGAUUCCAAGGCACAGUCCCUUGAAUAUAGCUACAUGCUCUAGGCAUUAUCAGUAACAAGGUACAGUAGAGAACCACCGGCUCUUGCAAAGUUGUCUCACAGUUUCCGGGUGGGGUGACUGUUGUCCAUACGCUUUUGUUAUUUUGUGUCUGAGCUGGGCCAGCUUGUCCUGUGAUUUCAGAGGCCCUGUCUGUCCAACAGAUACAUCCUAUAGAAGCUGCUGUCACCAUGGGAACAUCAUGAACCUAAUGAGUGAAAAGCUACUGCCUCCCUGUCUCCACACGUAAGGAUGACAAACAUCAUAAUAAAAUCUCUAGACGUAGAAUUUUCUACAAAGCACAUCAAACUGCAAAUUAUAGUGGCAAGUGAAGUAUUUGGUUCAGAGAAGCUCGUGUUACUGAAGUUACUGCAAAAGUCUGGUCUCCGCUCCUGGCAUUAUUAAAUAUAUAACCUAAGGGGUCAUAGUCCUCUCAUAGAAAUGGUGAUAGCCCUGGGUAUAAAUAGACAUUUACUUUAGAGUUUGGCAUCAGUUUUUCAGUGUCCUUCCCCAAAGCAGUCUGUCUGGGGGAUCAGUUUUGAAACCACUGGGAGAGGUGCGAGGCAGCGGCCCCUGGGUUGGCAGGUGCGGCCGCAGGCGCUGGUGGGGGUGGGCUCGGGUCCGGGGGCGGAGGGGCCCGGGUCACAGGUGCUGCAGGGCUUCCUGUCCUUGCUCCGUGUACCCAUCGUCCCGGUGCGAGACUGCCCACUGGCCGAAGGACUCCUGGAUGUGCACGUUCCUCUGCGUGCCGCCCAGGCGCCUUUUGUCUCGGGAGAAGAAGCUAAACCUUUCCGGGAAGGAAAGGAAAGAGAGAAAUGAGAGCCAGCCCUCUGCCAUGCACAUCACAGCUGAAACUGCCAGGGACACGGAGCAGCACACACGGAAGGGAGCAAAUCAAUGCAGGUUGUGAAAGAAAAAAAAGUUGGAGGUGCGGAUCAGGGUUAUUCUAAGAAAGCAGCGGGGGAGUCUUGGUGUCAUUUAGUCCCCUGCACCUUGCAGGUGCCACACUGUGAAUGGGGCGUGCGUGUGGGUGGUGCAUGACGUCCCUCUCACCUCAGCCACUACCCAGGAGUUCUGCCCAUUACUAGUGGGAUAAAAAGGUAUUGGGGGAGAAAAAUACAUAAAAAAAAAAAGUGUCAGAAACAUAAAUCAUGGAUUCCUUUAAUUAGCCUAAUCGUGCAGAAAAA